GAGAGAGCGAGAGAAAGAGAGAGAGAGAGAGAAAGCGAGAGAGAGAGAGAGAGAGCUGACUGGUGUCUCGAAUCAAUGAGAUGUUUUUCUCUUUCCCCACUCACUCACUGCAAUCUCCCGAAGGCUUGUGCGAGCUCAGGCUCCGUACCUCACAUCCACCAUCUCUUCUUCUCUCUUCCUCCAUCACUCUGUUUAUCCCUCUCUCCUCCGGAACACUCACUCAUUCCCUCUCAUGCUUGGUGGAUGCAGACCAGGGGAAUUCCUGGCUGUGAAUCCAACGUUCCUCCUCUCCGUGCUUCUCCUCGUCCCCUCUCCAUCCAGGCUCCCCCUAACCCGGUCUGUCUCCUCUCCUGGCUCUGGACACUAGAAUGUGGGGCUCUGGUGCACUGGUUUUCUGUGGAUUCUCUGCUCUGAUUCACGUGUCUGUGCAGGGCCCUCACCAGAGGAACCUGCUGAAGAACCUGCUGAAGGACUACAACCGCAUGGAGCGCCCGGUGGGCAACGACUCCCUCCCCCUCACCGUGAUCUUCACCCUCAGCCUGGUCCAGAUCAUGGAUGUGGAUGAGAAAAAUCAGGUCCUUACCACAAACAUAUGGCUUCGAAUGAGCUGGUUCGAUCAUUAUCUCCAAUGGAACCAGUCUGAAUACCCGGGCGUAAAAAACCUGCGUUUUACCACAGACCAGGUUUGGACCCCAGACAUCCUUCUGUACAACAGUGCAGACGAUGACUUUGACUCCACCUUCAAGACAAAUGUGCUGGUCAACUCUAGUGGAUUUUGUGAAUACCUACCUCCAGGGAUCUUCAUGAGCACGUGUAAUGUGGACGUGCGCUGGUUCCCCUUCGACCUACAAAAGUGUGAGCUGAAGUUUGGCUCCUGGACCUAUGACGGUUGGCUGUUGGACCUCCAGAUGAGCGAUGCAGACAUCUCAGGAUACAUGCCCAACGGCGAGUGGGAUCUUGUGGCUGUGCCUGGAACACGCGGUGAGCAGUUCUAUGACUGCUGCAAGGAGCCCUACCCCGACGUGACGUUUGUGAUCACCAUCAGGAGGAGGACGCUGUACUACGCUCUGAACCUGCUCAUCCCCUGCGUGCUGCUGUCCUCCAUGACGCUGCUCAUAUUCGUGCUGCCCGCAGACUCAGGAGAGAAGAUCUCUCUGGGCAUCACAGUGCUGCUGUCUCUCACAGUCUUCAUGUUACUGGUAGCAGAGAUUAUGCCAGCUACAUCGGACUCCAUCCCUUUGAUAGGCCAGUACUUUGCCAGUAUUAUGAUAAUCGUGGGGAUGUCGGUCAUAGCCACUGUGGUGGUGCUGCAAUAUCAUCACCACGACCCAAAUGGAGGAGCAAUGCCGAAAUGGGUCCAGCUCAUCCUGCUCCAGUGGGUGGCAUGGUUCCUGCGUAUGAAGCGCCCGGGGGAAAGCGAUGGGCCAGAGCGCCCCCCCUGUGCCCCCCACCUCCGCCGCUGCUCCUCUGGCUCCCAGAGCGGCAGCCUCCCCAACCCUCCAGACGCCAUGCUCCACCCGCUGCACCCACAGAACCUUGCCCCUCUCCAGGCUGGGCCCCUCCACGCUGGGCACCCCCACCUCCAUGCCCAGUCCAGCGCCAACAACAACGGCAACUUGCUCUACAUAGGGUUCCAGAACCUGGACGAACCCCCACUGCUUCCCGAGUCCCUCCAGAGGAACAGCAUCUCGGCCGGACCCCCCCGGAUGGCAGGGAGCCCCCCUCCACACCUGCCCCCCCAAUUCUGCAGCCCCCCGCCGCCCCCUACCCCCAACAUGGACACAGUGGGCUGCCCCAGCACUGUCUCCAGCGGCGGGGGCUUUGGCGGUGGACCUGGAGGGGCUUGCUCGCAGGGGGUCUUAGGUGACCCCCAGCUCCAGGCCAUCCUGGAGGAGGUGCGGUACAUGGCAGAUCGUUUCCGUGAGCAGGACGAGACGGACAGCAUGGCCGACCAGUGGAAGUUUGCCGCGGCGGUCAUCGACCGCCUGUGUCUGGUGGCCUUCAGUGUGUUUAACAUCAUCUGCACCAUCUCCAUCCUCAUGUCCGCUCCCAACUUUGUGGAGGCCGUCUCAAAAGAUUUUAUCUGAAGAAGAAGAAAGGAUGGAGGGAGGAGGAGAAGGAGGAGGGAGAGACGGAAACAGAGAGAAUGGGAAGUAGGGUGAAAAGGGAUACAGGAUAGACUUGGGGAUCAAAAGGGACUAUUUUCUGUGAAUCUAGACCUGACUAUGGCUCUGAGAGAGGGGUUUUCCCUCAGUUGCACAGGAGAUUUCUUUCGGAUGCACUUAGCACAUCUUAUAAAUGGACCACAAGCUGAAUUAAGUCUAUCACAGGCAAUCUAACAUAGAAAAUGGGCAGAAUGAAAAGAAGUUGAGGAAAGAAAGACACGAAAGGGCAUUCGUCAUUUAGAGCUAGGUUUAUCGGCUAUUUCACCAUCAUAGGAGGCUGAAAUAGCCAGUAGGAAAUGAAAAGAGGUUCUUUGGGGGAGAAGGUGAGCUGGAAGGGCAAUAAGGCCAGAAUAAAACAGAACAAUUCAAGCCUAAGAUCGGGAGAUUGUGAACCUACGAAGAGCCAGAAAAAGAGAGGGAGAGAGGCAGGCAGGUAGAGAAA